AUGUCUGAAAAUAUAUUACAAGAAAAAGAAUCAUUAGAUGAUCUAUUCAAUCAUUUGCAAGAAUUAGAAGCAAAGAAAGACAUUCUUGAUACUAAUAAAAAUACUGGUACUGGGUUUGAUAGCAAUAAAGAUGAACUAAAAUUUGAAGAUGAUGUGAAGGAACAAAAUAAGCAAUUGGAAUUUUCUCGCAUUGAAAAUGAUUUACGGGUGUUACCGAAAUUGCAAAACAACUUUGACUCCAUGUCAAAGAAUGUUGCUAAAAACAAUAAAGUGAGAACAGUCAAGGAUGAUAUAUUAAUAGACACCACUGGUAAUAGGAAUGGGGAUAGAUUGGAGAAGGAUUGGUUUAGUUUACCUAAAACAGAAUUGACACCGCAAAUCAAAAGAGAUUUGCUAUUAAUUAAACAUAGAGCAGCAUUAGAUCCUAAAAGACAUUAUAAGAAGGAUAAGAAAUGGAAUAUUCCUGAAAGGUUUUCUGUUGGCACUAUUGUUGAGGAUAAAUGUGAAUAUUAUAGUAGUAGAUUAAACAAGAAACAAAGAAAGUCGAAUAUAUUAGAAAGUUUAUUAUAUGAGGAUAAGCAAGAUCAAAAGAAUAGUAGAAGUAUAAGAACGGGAAAGAAUUAUUUUGAAAGAAAGUAUAAUGAGAUUCAAUUGAAAAAGAGUAGUGGUAAAAGGGGGUAUUAUAAAAAAGUUAUUGAGAAAAGACAAAAGCAUUGA